CCCGCUGUCAUGCCAGAUGACUCGGUGCCCGCUGUCGAGCUUAAUGACUCGGUGCCCGCUGUCCUGCCAGAUGACUUAGUGCCCGCUGUCCUGCCAGAUGACUCGGUGCCCGCUGUCGAGCUUGGUGGCUCAGUGCCCGCUGUCGUGCCAGGUGACUCGGUGCCCGCUGUCGAGCUUGGUGACUCGGUGCCCGCUGUCGAGCUUGGUGACUCGGUGCCCGCUGUCGUGCCAGAUGACUCGGUGCCCGCUGUCGUGCCAGAUGACUCGGUGCCUGCUGUCGUGCCAGAUGACUCGGUGCCCACUGUCGAG